ACGAUAAAUGACAGCCCCAAGAAAAGUCCCUUUUUUUUUGGUUUCGUACACUACACACACAUCCGUGGCUCCCCCAAAUGGCAGAGAGCAACGCCAACACCAACACCAACACCAACACAGACCAAACCCCCACACUAUCACACCCUUCUUCUGACCCAUCAACAAACCCAUCGGAAAUCUCAGAUUCCAGCCACAACCCACCAAUCCCCACCACCUCCGAUAGCCUGGACUCAAAGAAAAACGACCAAGACACUGCCCCAAAACCCAAAAGGCGCAAAAGCUGUCCAAAAGCUUUAGACAAAGUCCAAGAAACCUCCAACUUCAACUUCACUUUUGACACCAAAUUCAACGGCUGCACUCCCCAAUUCACACCCAAAUUUGGGUCUUUCAAUUUGGUGGUAUCAGCUAAGGAAAAGGUCAAAGAAGGAGCUCAAGAACAAGAACAAGAACAAGAACGAGAAGAAGACGAAGAACAAGUUGAAGUCAGUGAAGGGAGAGGAGUUGUGAGCUCACUGAUAGCUGUUGAUGGGAUUAAAGGGGUAGAAUGAAGUGUAGGGAAUCUUGGGUUUAGAUCAAUUACUAUUAAUUGUUUGAGCAUGUGAUAGUUUUUGGUAAGAUUUAUAUGAUUUUCUAUAUGUAUUUGGCUCUGAUUACUAUGAUGGUUCUGGUUCUGGU